UUCGGGCAAUCGCGUCACGCAAAAUGGGCACUAUUUUCAUCAUUUGCACAAGCAAUAAUAAUCGGUGCACUCGAAGCAGUAGUGUACACAAUGCACAAAAAAGAGGUGGCAUAUAUUCGUACGGGCACAGAUCAACUAAAUAAAACAAAUGAUAUAGAAUACAAGACGGUUUUAGCGAAUGCAGAAAGUAUAUCAGUGUAUCAUAUAUUAUUCAUGGCCAGUCAAGUCUUUCAAUUGGUGUUGUGUGUCGAUGCUUUGUAUCAUGAGAAUACAAUUCAACUGAUAGCACUGACAUUAUUUACUUUUGGCACAUUGUCAUAUUCUGUCAUUCAAACCGUACAGUCAGCCACAUUAAUCGAUCCAACCACAAUUGUUGGUGGAAAUCUGACACAGAUAGUCCCCGCAUUAGAGAAACCACCAGCAAUACCAUUCGAGAUAACCAUCAUUGUCUUGAUGGUUAUCUUCUCUUUUGUUUUCGCCUAUUUGGCGUAUAAAUUAUAUCAGGAAUUUGGGUGGAGUAUAUAUAAACGAAUUGGGGCAGAUUUGUCCAUGAGAGAUCGAUAUAAAAUGUAUCAAAUAUUUAUUAUGCUUUUGAAAUUUGAUAUAUUCUUUUUUGUUGGAUUUACCGUUCAAUUCUUGGUUCUUUUAAUAAAUCGAGGAAACGCACUGGACUCAGUAAUUGAGCAUAUAGUACUAUCGACAGUAGCAUCGACCGCUAUGCUUAUUGUGGCAUUUUGGGGGGUGCAAACAGAACGUAAAUUUUUAAUGUAUGCAUUUAUGGUAGGAUGUCUCGGCACUGAAGGAUACAUUAUAUCAAAGCUUGUCGACGUUGCGCAAUAUCCCGAAAAAUAUAUAGGAACCAGAAUUUUUGUGACAUUUUUCCUUUGUUGUGUUUUAAUACUUGGAGUGGCUACUUUCAUAAUAUCAUUUGCAUGUCUCAGGAAUUUCAAUAAAGGGCUAAAAUUCCAUUUGACACGACGAAACGUCAAUUUUGAUAGUACCGAUGACGUAUCAGCACCACCAGGAUAUGCCUACUUUCGACUACGUGGAUACGUGCCCCCGGACGAUCCUUUGACCAAAGUUAUUUAUUUCUUGGCUAUGAUCGUAAAUUAUAUUUAUGUUCACGUGGCCGAUGCGGCACACGGUCAAGAACAAAAUAGCAAUAAUGAAAGUAGCAAAAAGAGCGUUGCUGGACGUUUUCCUAACAGCUUCAGACGAAAUAUGGAUGAGACGCGCAAGUAUGGCAUAAAACCUACCUUCUUAGAAAGCUGCCGCUCUCCUACAGAUUGUGAGAUGGUUGUGGAAUCAUACCAUAGCCUAUGGGUUGAGUUGAUUGAGGCCCCCGAAAAAGCUACUCAUGAUGAUUUCCAUGCGAAAAGAGUAUGA